AACAAAAAAUUUGGCGAUUGCAAAGAAUCCUUUGCUGUUGAAGGUUGAUUUGAAAGUUUAUGGUAUUCUCUUCUGACAAUUGUUUGGAUUAAAGCUUACAUGUGAUCUUGUAGGGACCAGAUAAUAUAUGUAUAUACAUAGCCUAAGGAAUUAGGCAUGUGAUGGGGAAUGUUGGAUUUUUAUGUAAAUGAAGAUUUUAAUAAUAGGAAUAUUUCAUUUAAUGGUUAUUUAUAUGUACUUUCACGUUAAAAAUGGAAAGCAAGUAGAGAUAAGAUAACACAUAAAAAUGGAAUAAAUGUGGCUUCUUUUACUAAUAGGACAAGCUUGCAAGGUUAUGUGUUAGUAAUAAAUAGACAUUUAUUCUUUAAGACUUUGCACAACCAAAACAUUUAAAGAUAUAUGUAUCAAGAGAAACACAUGAAUGUUUGUUCCAUGAAACACAUUUCUUAAAAAUGAAUUAAGUAUAUUUACAAUCACAAUCAAAUAGUUUUUAAUAUUUUAGCUUCUUUAAUAUUAAUUCAGUGUUUUAUCGGUGUAUAUUAUCUAUUAACAUAGUUUUUGUGUAAGGGUAGAUCCAAGGUGGUGAUGGUUUUCAAUUUUUUAUUAUUAUAUAGAAAAUUUAAAAUAUUUAAUUUUUAUUUACUUUUUAAGUAAAAUCCGAAUUAAAUAUGGUAAUACUUUUCCCUAAUUUUUAUUUAAUUUUAACUUAACAAGAAAAUUCCCAAAGAGUGAUGAUCUGGUGGGCCUUGCAAAUUGCCAUCUUCAAGCCUUGACAAAGAAGCCUACCAAAAGUAUAAACACAUGCAAAAGAACUGAAAUUUUCAAAGAAAAAAAAAAAUGUGCUACUACUACUACUCAGCCUUCAUUCUCUUCCUCUUCCUCACCAGAACAGUGCCCACCUUCACCGCACCUGAUCAUUUCCUUAAACCUUUAAAAUCCCCGAAACCAGAAGUCCAGGAAUUUUUCGAGCUGACCAAUCCUCUACCGUCCGAUCACCUGACUCCCUCAUGCUCCGUCACCGUCAUCCACCAUUCAUACGCCAACACCGUCAACUCCCCUCCUUUCUCCAAGCGUUACUCCCCUCCCUCUGAUUGCCCUCCCCCUUGGCCACGCGUCGUCCUCGAACUACGCGUUGCCUCCUCCGGUGAACAGUACGACCGCAUCGCCGCUAUCUGGCUCGAUGGUGCCGAGAUCCUCCGUACCAGCACGGCGGAACCGACGGAAUCCGGAAUCUUCUGGAGAGUUCGAAAGGAUAUCACUAGGUACUCUUCUCUUCUCUCGAAAUCCCGAAUUAACGCCACCAUGAUGCUUGAAAACGUCGUUAAUGACAUUUACACCGGCGUUUACCACGUUCAUGUUUCCUUCCUAUUUUACAAAGAAAACGUUAUCCCACAGGACGUUGGGAUUCCGUCGAUUAUUUCUCCGAAUAAAAAUAAUUAUAAUCUCGGCACUACUGAUAUGGGGUUAUUCCAAACGCCGUCGGAUUUGAUAAUCCCGAUUUGCGACAAUGGACAAAGAGGGCAUUGGUUCAGGGUGGAGAGCGAAUCGGACGUUCACAUGAAGAAAGUUCGAUUUCCCAAGAAUACCCUUCAGGUCGUUUUGGAAUUAUACGCGUCGUUUCAUGGCAACGAUGAGUUUUGGUAUUCGAACCCGCCAAAUUCUUACAUCCGGUUGAACAACUUGACUACGGAGCGCGGGAACGGCGCAUACAGGGAAGUUUUUGUGACUAUCGACGGUAAAUUCGUUGGGUCGGAGGUGGUUUUUCCGGUUGUUUUCACCGGUGGGAUCAACCCUUUAUUUUGGGAACCGGUCGUGGCUAUCGGGGAUUUUAAACUGCCUAGCUAUGACUUGGAUUUGACCCCACUUUUGGGAUGGUUAUUAGAUGGGAAAUCUCACGAGAUUCGUGUCGGCGUCGACGAUGCGAUAUCGUUUUGGCUCGUCAAUGCGAAUCUGCAUAUCUGGUUGGACCAUGGAACUUCCAGAGUCGAAGCUAAAUCCAUUGUUUAUAACAGCCCAGCUCUUACCAUCGAACGUCAGGAGGCUUUCAGAUUGCUCGACGGGUCAUUUCGGAUUAAAGCCAAGCGGAAAAGUGAGUUCGCUGGGUGGGUUAAGUCCAAAGCUGGCAACUUCACCACCAUUGUUUCGCAAGAGUUCCGGGUGACAAAUUUGAUAAGGUUCUACUCCAACGGAACGUACAAGGUUGUGAAACAGAGGGUUAAGGCAAAGAGGGAUUCAAGGAUUAGAGCUGAUUCCGGUAAUUUGAUCGGUCGUGCUGUUACUCGAAGGAGGUAUCCUCUCACUGUGAUUACUUCCACUGUUCCAUUGGCGCAUAAGGCGGAUGAAUAUUUGCUGGUCACGAACGUUUCUCAUGCUUUGAAUGAGAGGCGAAUCAAUGGGAAUUACAAGCGUAUCGUUUACAACAGGCAGGAUUCGGAAGGGUGGAUGAAGGUUAGGGAUCAUUCUGUUCUGUCCGGCGAAGCUACCACUUGGCAGAGAUACAAUUUCAGGGAUGAGUUCGGUUGCUACUCCCGGACUGUUCUGGCAUUCAACGGCAAGCUUAUCGGUGACAAUACAACGUUUUCUUGUGCAGCUUCUACGUAGUUUCAGUUGUUUCCCUUGUCUCUGUGCAUUACCAAAAUUUGUAUCGAACAUUCCAAAUUAACAUUUCUUCUGUA